AUGUGUUUGCGCGCUGCUGCUCCUCUGUGCGUCACUUGCAGACCGAGGGCCGCGCGGCCACAGGAAGAAACGGGUCACCACGAGAAGAAGUGAAGAGCAAAACAAGAUCAAGGUUUCCAACCAUGGAUGACUAAAACUUUCAUUGACUUACCUGCAGGAACACGAGACGCGUUUCCCCCCUGAAAACAAACGGAACCAACUUUUUCUCUGGAUUUUUUUUUCUCUGCUGAGGAUUUUGGAUUUUUAGUUGUUUUUUAAGACCCUCUCAAAGAUAAAGACGAUUCUUCUCCACAGACUUUAGUUGGGGAUGUUGAGCUCUGUGAAGAUGGAAGCGCACGAUAUAACAGACUGGAAUACAACUUUCUACAGCGAGGCCAGCGAGAUGUAUUCCUCACCCAGCGCCACCGGGCUGGGCUCCAUGGGCUCCAUCAACAGCUACAUCAACCUGAACGCCGCUGCCUCCCCCACCGCUAUGAACAUGCCCUACCCCAGCUCCAGCCUCAGCAGCUCCUCUCUGGCCCCCAUGGGCUCAGGGCCAAACCACAUGUCCCUCUCCCCCGUGGCCUCCUCGCUCAGCUCCGGCUCCCUGACUCAGCUGGGCCCCGCCGCUGCGGGCUCGCUGGGCCCUCUGUCCCACUACCAAAACAUGGGUCAGUCCAUGAGCCAGCUGGGUUACCCGUCCACCGGGUCUCUGAGCCGCUCCAGCCCCAAGGAGAUCCCGCCGAAGCCCUACCGGCGCUCCCUGACCCACGCCAAGCCACCGUACUCCUACAUCUCCCUCAUCACCAUGGCGAUCCAGCAGAGUGGCAGCAAGAUGCUGACUCUGAACGAGAUCUACCAGUGGAUCAUGGACCUGUUCCCCUACUACCGCGAGAAUCAGCAGCGCUGGCAGAACUCCAUCCGACACUCGCUCUCCUUCAACGACUGUUUCGUGAAAGUCGCUCGCUCGCCGGACAAGCCGGGCAAAGGCUCCUACUGGACUCUGCACCCGCAGUCCGGCAACAUGUUCGAGAACGGCUGCUACCUGAGGCGCCAGAAGCGCUUUAAGAUCGAGGACAAGGCCUCCAAGAAGGGAAGCAAGAACCAGGAGGGGGGCUCCGGGAAAGGCAGCCACUCUGGAGACCACCUGGUGGAGAACCACAGCCCUGCCGGUGGGUCGGAGGGGCCUGACUCCGCCCACUCAGACAACUCCCACCCGGGCUCGUCGGACGACCAGCCCCAUCAGAGGAACAGCCUGGUUCCUCUGGACUGCCCUCAGCUGUCAUCCUCGCACCUCCAUAGCCCACCUGUCUCCCUGCCCCCCUCCUCCUCCUCCCUGUCCCUCUCGGGGACCUCCUCCUCAAACCCGCUCCUCCACCCCCAGUCCUUAGCCAGCAGCUCCCACCUCCUCCCCAGCCCCAUGCAGCAGCACAUGGACUUACAGAGCGACCUGAAGUCCCUGGACCCCCACUACAACUUCAACCACCCCUUCUCCAUCACCAACCUCAUGUCCAACGAGCAGAAGAUGGACCUCAAGUCCUAUCAGGACCAGGUGAUGGCCUACAACAGCUACACCGCCGGCUCCCCGGUGGGGGCCAAGCAGAUCUACGACAGCCCUGGCCCCGCCGCCAUGGACUCAGGCGCUUACUACCAAACUCUGUACAGCCGCUCUGUGCUCAACGCCUCUUAAAGGGACUCACAGGCACGUACACACACACACACACGUCUUUUUCUGCUCUAAAAUGGACCCCCCCUCCCCCACCUGCCUGGCUCACGUCCAGCGGCCUUCACAGGACUCAUCUGAGAUGGCGGCCGCGUUUUUUUACCUCCUGGUUUGGGGGCCGGCCGAACCGAUGAAGAGGACUCCUCUGUGAGAGUCGCCCCGUCCUGACUGUACAAAAUGUAAAUACAAGAACCGUGUGUGUGUGUGGUGGGGGGGGGGGGGGACGUUUGCAUUUAUUUAUGAAGGGAAUAAAUUUUAAUAUAUCUUAUGAAGGGCUCUGUCCACCGGUUACAA